UCAUUUUUAUCUUUUCUUUUCGGCUUUUGUUUUGUUUUGUCCGGAAGUCUGAAAAAACAUUGAGCGGCGGCUCGUUUGUCGCUGCCACCGGUGUUUCUUGGAGUCUAGAUAGAUGAGAGAGGGAGGACUGAAAGUCCAGUCACCAAGAAGAGGGUCUUAUCCGGUUUCUUGAUUGUCUUUUUUUUUUUGGGUUUUGCUUUUGAGAAUUCGCUUCGUUCAGAGGAGGGCCUGCGAGAGUGGCGGUGAUCGGAGAUGGCAACGGUAUUUGCAGGGACGACCCAGAAGUGCAAGGCCUGUGAUAAGACCGUGUAUCUGGUUGAUCAGCUCACUGCUGAUAACAAGGUCUUCCAUAAGGCCUGCUUCAGAUGCCACCAUUGCAAGGGCACUCUCAAGUUGAGUAACUAUUGCUCUUUCGAGGGUGUAUUAUAUUGCAAGCCGCAUUUCAAUCAGCUCUUUAAGAUGACUGGGAGCUUGGAUAAAAGUUUUGAAGGCACUCCAAAAACUGUCAAUAGAUCUGCUGAUCAGGGCCAUAGUAAUGCCAAAGUCUCGAGUAUGUUUGCUGGAACUCAAGACAAGUGUGUUUCUUGCAAGAAGACUGCUUAUCCCAUUGAAAAGGUGGUUGUUGAUGGCACAUCGUAUCACAAAGCAUGCUUCAGGUGUACUCACGGCGGUUGCGUAAUCAGUCCAUCAAACUAUGUAGCCCAUGAGCACCGUCUCUACUGCAGGCACCACCACAAUCAGCUAUUCAAGGAGAAAGGAAACUUCAGUCAGCUCGACAGCCAUGAAGAAACAACAGCCUAAAGAGUGUUUAGGGGCAGAGUAGUCAUACUUUGAUAGUCAAGUCAAUGGAGUAUUCGGUCUCCUUUGUCAAAAAUCAUGGAUCAUCGGCAAGAUGCAGAUUUGGUUCUAAGGUAUACAAAAAUGUUGAGUGUUGAUUUUCCAUUUUAUGGAGAUAACUAAGUUUGUUGUAGUUUUCGAGUGUGCGAUCUGAAUGGAUAAAUACUGGAGACUUGCUGCUCAGUUUGUCGAGUGAAAACAGUAAAACAAAAUUUUGUGUGGUUUUGUUUUUGUGGGUUUUAAGUGGAAAUUCAAAUCUGUUUCUUGUUUUUCUUUUCCAA